AUGAUCGCGGACAAAAAACUGUCCGAAUACAAUGCCUUCGGCGUUCAAAGAAGAAACCCUUUGAACUUCUUCGGUACUUUCGGGUUGGCCUUCCUCUACGUUUUGGUAGUGGCGUUAUUCGUCUUCAAUUAUUUGACGGUGACCAGGGUCGCGGUUCUGGAAAAUGAAGUUGAAAAUUUGAAACAGACCUUGUCUGGUGUGAGAUUGCUCGAUGAUAAUCUCAUUAGGGACAUUAUUGGGUUCGAUGAUGAUGACGAGGACACUGAUGCAUUUGAUACCGACCAGGAGCCUAGAAUAGUCGUACCAGAGGGCGGUAUAAAUGAAUAUGUGGAUUACGAAAGUUACGAUGAGAAACAUAACGAUACGAAUCGAGACGAGGACAGAUACACUAAAUUCCUUAAUCGACUUUCAAAAGUCGAUAAUGAAGAUAGGGAAUUUGUGGCUACACCUCAAACCAAAGACGAGAACGAAUCAAUUAGAGAAAAAAGGAAUAUUGUCGCAGCUACAGAUGAUGGAGUCGUUAUUAAUUCAGAAUCUUAUGCCGAGAAGAAAGCGAAAGUUAAUUAUGGGUAUAAUUUAAGAGGGAAAGUAACACAGAUCCCUACUAGGGCAUCUACAAGAAGCACCCCAUGGCCUGUGUAUCCUUACAAAUAUUCGACUGCAGCUUAUUACAGACAUAGACCCACAAAGCCUACAAAAGCUCCAAAUGUUUAUAUUAGGUCGUCAAGGGUUAAACAUUUUGACAAUAAAUCGAAAGCUUCCAAACAGAAAGUAAAAUUGGCAAACCUGAAGUCUUUAGACUCGUAUCUAGACUCCAUUGAAGAUACGACAACUUAUGCACCGCCAAUCACGAUAGUGCGAAAUACAGGUUAUAGACGAAGAAGUAUUAAACAUCUACCAUCUGUCCAUUACAGUGGAGAUACUUCGCGAUAUACGUUGGGAGUACAUGAUAAUUUUUAUGGAAACGAUCAAUUAAGACAUCUAAACGAAACAUUUGUGGAUUGGAAAGCUACAGAAUGGGUGGAAACUUUAAAAAUGCAUACACAUUUCACUAUUGAUAAUGGACAUGUAACGGUGAAGCAAACUGGCCUAUAUUUCGUUUAUGCACAGAUCUAUUAUAUGGAUGCCCAUGACAGAGUGGGUUAUAAGGUCAUCAAGAACGAUAAAGUCAUACUGGAGUGUGCCAUCACCUCACCUUCGAUUGGCGGUGGAAUGAAAAGCAACACCUGUUACACCGCUGGUGUUGAACAUUUUAGAGCUGGCGAUAGACUUGAGUUGAGAGACAUUGAACAGCGAUUAUCCCUAUUUGCGAGUGGAAAAUCUUUCUUUGGAUUGGUUAAACUAGGAAAUAUCAGCAUUUGA